GGUCAGCUCAUAAGUCAUUCUAAUGCUUUACACACAUGCUAUUUUUCUUUCAGCGUUUCUUCUGAGAAGUGCAAGUCUCGCGGUUACGAGUUAUUUUUAUGCAUAAAAAGGCCAGCGAAAUUCCUCCAAAAUUUUCUCUCCGGUCCCGAGCUUGAGUAGCAGUGGCGACACGCCUGUCAUGGCCGCCGGUAACCACGCGGGGAACCUCUUUGUUCCAGGGAUUCAUGCCUCGAAUUCUUCAUCAAGGCAUGCCUCAAAUUCUCCAUCAAGACAUGCCUCGAAUUCUCCAUCAAGACAUGCAUCUCCCGAAAGCGUCUCGAGCACUUCGUUUUCUUAUUAUGACGAGCGUUUGUCAGUCGGAUCAGCGUCAGAUAGCAUCAGUCAUAAUUUAUCAAACAUGAGCUUGAGAUGGGACGACUAUGACGAUGGGUGCCAUGUUUGUACCAGCAGUAAUUAUGACCAUUUUAGUGGCCAUGAGGAUAUUGGGAGCGUGAGUGUGUCGGGUGAGGGCGGUGACAGUGAUGACGUAGUCGAGAGGCUCAUAGUUGAUUCUCCAAGUAAAUUCAGUGAAGAUAGAAGUCACCUAUCCGACAGCAAGGAAUAUUAUAGCUGUGAUGAAGCGAGUGUUCCAUUGAGAGAAAAUUUGUGUCCGAAUGAAGACUGCGAAGAGGAAGAAGUUUUACCCCCUAAAAAUAAGAAGAAGAAGAAGCACAUAACUCUGAAAAUUGAACAGCAAGAUGAAGCACAAAUUCCAAAGCAUCCAUCCUUCCUCAUCAUGGAUGAUGAUAGUCCAAUCAACUCUAAAAAAUUCGCAGGGAAUUCAAGUCUUUUGCGUGGACCUCGCCGAGUGAUCCGUCUGUGCGUGUUCGCCCUGCUGAUCCCGCUGGGGCUGGUGGUGGUGCCCCUGUACAUCCGAGUGGUGCGCUACCCGCCCCAAACUCUGGCCAUGGCUCCUUCAGAUCAGCGUCUCCUCGGCUCACGUGUCUCGAGUGUUUGGUGUCAGGGUCAAAGAGUUCACAUGAAUGGCAGCUUCAACGCUUAUCUGCUCGCCCAGACUCCUGAGACAAAACCAUCUCGGUCCCGUUUCACGAUUUUAAAAAAUCUUAAACUCAGGGACGACAUAAAAGAAUAUUGGGGCUUCUACCUUCGAGGAGGCUCAACAGUCACGCUAAGCUCUUGCACCAGGUAUGACGGUGGACAAUUGAUGAUUCUCCGCGGGUCUGAAAAUCUCCAUCGAUGUGCUUGGAUCGGAGAAGAAGAUUCGUUUGAAGAGACUCAAGUGAAGAUGCCUUCACAAACAGACUUCAAUAAUCUCAAGGUCGACAAUGAUGUGAGUUCUGAUGAGUAUGAAAAAGAAGCCGACAAGAAAAUAGGCUCAAGAACUUUCACGGCUGCGAAAGAGAAAAUUGCAAUUGAGACAAUUCCCAAAACUGAGCUGGAAGCGGAUGAUGAAAGCGAAAACCACAUAACUGAAAGUGUAGAAAAAUACAUAGGCUAUACCGCUGAAAAAACUGACAUACACAUUGGAAACAGUUUGGAUGAGUUAGCAGAGCUUGCUGGUGGUACGACGGUAUCUACGAGUUCAACUGAGAAGCCGUUGAAAAAAGAAAACGUCGAAGUAGAUAAUGCGAGUGCGAAAAGAUUCAAAUUCAAUGGAACCACAACGAAAAAAUUCAUUUAUGAAAAUUCUGAGGAACGUCAAGAGUACUUGAAUCACCUGUUGAAGCACGCUUUGGAAGUGAGUAAAGGCAAGCAUGAAGUAAUCCUUAUGCUUGAUUCACACACCAGCGGACCUGUCCGAGAUGAACGAGAAAACAAUGCAAGUACAGACAAUGGGAACACCCAAGCGAAAAAUUUUGAGGAAUUUCAGGCUUUGAAAAUAAUUUCAUCUAAUAUCAGUGCGAAUAAAUUAGAUGAGGAGCGCAAUGUUCUCUUGAGUCGCGAACGACGUAACAGUCUUCCAGAAGACAUAGUAAAUAAUAUAGAAAAUGAUGGAGACGCUUCCGAAGUGAUGGACGAAGAAGAUGCACCCAAAAAAGCUUUCAAAAAAUUCACGAAAGAAGAAAUAGGAGUGGAGCAAAUUAUUGGCGGGCUAAUAAUUCCAGAUGGGCUUACUUAUGAGCGAGGCUUCAUGAAUCAAAGCCACGCGAAUGACAUGUCGAUGGAGGAAGAACGAUCAUCCUAUUCGAGUAGUGAAGAGGCGUUGGCUUCUUGCGACGGGGUCAUAUUGGCAUUACCUCUGCAACCAGAUUCUCACUGUUCAGGUUUUGAGCGACAAGAAAGAAACAAAGUUACCUACCAAAUUACUGAAGAUGGCACGUACUACUUUGUCUUCUCCAGCGACAACGAAAUAGUGAUCAACGACCUUUUCUUCAACUUGACGUUGGAAAAAGUUGUCUACGACACUUCUGGUAACUUGGCUAACUGUUCACAUUCACAGAACUGCUCCUUACAUCUGGACUUUUGGUCGAAUGAACAAACGGUGGUAGAAGUUCCCGCAGGUUCUAGUUGGGAUAACUCCUAUGUUAUGAAUGCCGAGUGUGAGCCCAGAGUGGCAGUGUACCUGUGUCUCCUGCUACUAGUUCCGAUAUUCAUUCUUUUUUGUGCCUACCACUGAGAAUUAUUUGUAAAGUCAUAAAUGUGAGAGGUGAUAAUUCCAGUGAAGACGACCGUUUGAGCUUCCAUAACGGUGGAGGGACAGGUUUCACUCAUGAUGCUGCUGCCUCGGUUCCCUUCUUUAAAAAGUCUUAGUUUUCACACAUUUUUAUUGUCUGUCUGACAGAUUUAUCCAACUAUUGAUUUAUCCAACUAUCAUAAAAAUGCUGAACAAUAAACAUCCAAGUCCUUUCCGAGAGGUGUGGUUGAAUUAAAUAGCAAAGUGACCGUCUUGAGACGAUCAAAACUAAGCGAUGAGACGUCCUUUUGAAAAUUACAAAAAACACUCGAUACUUUGAUGGUGCUAUUACCCAGUCAUCAAACUUCUCACCGUUGAUUAAUAAUAACUUUCAAUAUUUGGUUCCAACAUCUCAGAUUCACGAUUCGCCUUCAGCAUAAAAGUGUUGAGUUGAUGACUCGUGACCUUGCAGUCACAAACUGUUAAUUUGGAAGAUCGUGCGUAGACGAUAAUUUUUUUAUUUUUUUAUGAUAUAAUUGAGUAAUAGUUCAUUUAUUGCAUUGUAAAUUUUGAAACUGGUAUACGAGAAAUACAAAGGCUGUACAGUCUGUCGAAGGGUUUAUGGUAGAUUAACUAAGUUAAUGAUCAAUUACUGAACUUGAUAGCUUCCGAUGAAAAUGCCAUUUAUAUCUAAGAGAGAAAACUUCCUGAAGUCGUAAAUGUAUUCUAGCUUCUAUUCUCAUACUUUAAAAUUUUAAACUAUAUAAAACUAAAACUAUUAAACUAUAAAAAACUAUACUUUAAAAUGUUAAAUGAUGAUAUAUACGUAAAGAAAAGAUGUGCUCUGCAUAUCAAAGGAAAACAAAGUUUAAGUGCUGCUCAAAUGCUGAAAAGUGUAAAGCCUAGUCGCAGUUGCUGUUAUAAUUUUCUGGAAUCCAUGAAGUUAAUUGAUAAUUGAUUUGGAUUGAGAAAUUAUAGUAAAAAUCACAUAGCACUGUAAUCCCCAUAAUAAAGGAGAGUAUGAAAAUGUAGAUUUUCUGCAGUACAGAAGUAAGGACAUAUUUUAUCAUGUUGAAAGUCAUUUUUAUCAUUUUACGCAUAAAUAGGUGCUGUGAAAUCAUAAAGGUACGACGUCGCUCAAUUAUAAAUAUAUUAUUUUUCUUCAUAGUGCUUCUUAAGUAGUGUUAAGAGUUCUUUGGGAAUAAUUUUAAGAAUACAUACAUUACCCUCGUGCAAUUGACAUUGAUAGAAAUUUAUUGAAAGUAAAAUUCAUUGCAUAGUUUAUUUUUAGAUACUGCGAUGAAAUUAUAUUAUUCCUCGAUGCUCACUAACAGCAGUGUGAUAAAGAAAUAAUAUUAAUCAAACCCCCUACGAUAAAUUAAGUUUUACUUUUAUAGCCACUUAUUUAAGAGAUAUUAUGGCACUGCGGUGUUGCACAUCAGUAACUUGGUAUAGAUUGCUUCACAGCAAUCGUAGUAUGUCAGAAAUGCCUAGUUUAUGUGGUUCAUAUUGAACAGUAAUUGGAAACAACGCUGUAAAGCAUUCACAUGUCAGAAGGCUACAUUCAGUGGUCAAAAACCUGAUGCAUGCAAGGUGAUCUAUACAACGUCACGGAGUUUCGUUAUAAUAGAACCCAGAAUGGUUUUCAGUUCAGAUCUCCUUAAUAUAGUGUUGACCUAGAGUCUUUCUACUUUUGGAGAUUUAUAUCUAGUCUUAAUUUUUAGUCAAGAAGCAGAUGUUUUUCCCAAAAACUCUGGAGUGAGGCUAAAAAUAAUUGGUGUUCUGCAACCGCUAACUACAACAAAAUUGUUUCUCGAUGCGUUGUUUGACAUCUGGGAAUCAAAAACGAACUAUUAGCUUUUAUAGUUUUAUGCUGUACGUAGCGAAUUAUGUAGCUUUUUACUACAUUUGUAACUAUGGAUUCUUAAAAAA